UUGUUUGGUGGAGAGAGAGUGUGUGUGUGUUGGGUGGAGAAAGUGUGACAGUCUCGUCUCUCAUUGGCUGAUUGUCUCUCGUGCACUGUGGCGCCGCUGCUCGCGCGCUCUUCUCGGUGAUCUUCACCGGGUGUGUGUCGGUGCGCGGAUGGAGGCGGCGGUGCUGAAGCCGCGGAUGAUGGCGGAUGCUCGCGUGGAGCGGGAGGUGCAGAAGCUGCAGGAGCUCGUGCGGAAACUGGAGCGACAGAACGAGCAGCUGCGGACGCGCGCGAACAUCGUUCCGCCCUCACCGGCGUGCUUGCGCGCGACCUCCCGCUGCAUCCCGAGCCCGGCGCCGAGCCUCGCGUGCCAGUAUUUCCCGCCGGACGAUCCGUUCCCGUAUUUCCAGCCGCAUUCCGCCGCGGAUGACGAGGAUGAUGAAGAAGAUGAAGAGGACGAGCUGAUGCUGCUGGAGCUGGAGCGCGUGAGUCCGAGCGGAGAGUCUGAAGAGACCUGGCUCUACGAGUCUCCCAGGUCUCAUCUGUGGUCCGGCGCCGGGCUGGACGCUCUGCAGUGGACUCGACAUGUUCUGGAUCAGCUGCGGCCCGAGCUGGACGCUGGACGACACUCGCUCGGCCAAAGACUGGAGUCUGUCAGUAGAUGGAGGUCAGGCUUCUCCUCUCCUGCUCUUCCUCGUGCUCGUGUGGUUGGAGUUUCUCCUCUCUGCACCUCCUCUCCCUCCAAACCCUGUGCUCCCCUUCCCAGCAGCACCUCCUGUGAGAGAGCAGGACGCAGCGUCCGGCGCGGUGUGGACGGUGAUGUGAGCGAGCCGGACCGUGACUCUGUGACUCCCGGUUACCGUCUGCAGGACCUCACGGACGUCCAGGUGAUGGCCCGACUGCAGGAGGAGAGUUUGCGUCAGGACUACGCCUCUUCCUCCUCCUCUUCCUCUUCUUCUUCUGUGAACCGUCGCAGUGCCAGCUUCUCCUUCCAGUUUGGCCAGCGCGGUGAUUUGCACCUAAACGAGGAGGAGGAGGAUGAGGAUGAAGAUUACGGUCAGUUACCGCCGCCGCAGCCGCGUCUGAGUCGAGCCGGAGCUCUGCCGCAUUCACAGACCUUCAGCAGCCUCAGAGACUGGACGCGCAGCAGCACGCCUCGCUCCAGCGCAGCCCCGCAGACGCAGACGCAGACGCAGACGCAGACGCAGACGGGCCUCCGGAGCAGCUCCGAUAAGCUGAGGAGGAGUAUGCCGAACCUGCUGGUGUCUGCGGCUCUGAGUCCGGUGUCGUCGAGUCCAGCGCUGAGGAGCAGCCAGAGCUUCGAGUCGUCCGGUUCUCUGACCGUGACGCGUCUCCAGAGCAGCAUCCCUGCUCCAGCGCCGCUGCAGAACCGCGUGCAGAGCCUCGGGAGCUUCUCGUCCCGUCAGCCGCUCAAAGCCACCGCGUACGUCAGCCCCACCAUCAAGAGCUCCUCGGUCAGCUUACAGAGUCUGUCGGUCAGCGAGAUCCCUAAAGCGUCCGUGUCUCAGGUCCUGUCCCGCAGCGGUCUCCCGCGGCCCGCGUCCUUCAUCGCCAGCAGCUCCAGCUCUCGCAGCAGACUGACCGCACCUGUGCGCAGUCUGCUGACUCCCCCCAGGAGCUGGCGCGAGGGCUGUUUCUGACCGCUCUGGAGUGUCCUGCAGGCCGGGCCGCUCCAGUAUCACAGCAUCUCUCCUCCAGAUGCUGCUCAAUCAGGGACUCGUCUCUGUGCUAAAGCAAUCCGGACGGAACUAAACAACUUGACAUGGUUUGUACGAUUGAUACGAUUCAGUUUCAACCGAAUUUCCCCAGGGUUUUUUUUACCAUUUACAGGUAUGAAAGACUUUAAUGUGAAUAUGUUUAUAUGAUUAAUAGUGCUAUUUAACUUAGCAUACUCUCUUAAUCCCUGAUCUGUAUGGACCAAUUAUCGCACCAUUUGUAAACAUAUAAAUGUUUUGAUUAUAAUUGUUGUUGUUGUAUUAAUUUGAUGUUGCACUUUCACUGUUAAUGUUUAUUUUAUCGUGGAUGAUUUCUUCUGGAUGAUUUUCGAAGGCCACAGGUGUAGCACUGUAUAGUUAUCUUGUUUCCUUUAUUUAUUAUGUGAAAUAUAUUUAAAAGAGCGUUCUUCAUGUUUUGCACAUUGUUUCUGUAAAUGCACCACCGUUUUCUUCUUAAAUAUUUCUGUGACUGAUAUUUUAAUGGGUGUGUCUGUAUUUAAAG